GCCAAUAUGGAAACCGACCUUUCUUUCAUGUUCGGUUCAAUCAACAGUUUAACCUUCGCAGCUUCUUCGCUCCUCUAUUGAAGCCGAACCACGCAGCUCUGGUUCACUGGGCAUUGCCUUAGCGGCGAAAUCUUUGAGGACGAGGAUGAAGCUGUCGUGGAACAAGAAGAAGAACGCUCGCGCCAAACGCUCUUUCGCCGCCAUUUCCAAGUACCCAAAUCUCCCUUUCGAUGAACAAGACAACCCACCAGGUGAAGACCGGGAAGGCGCCAGCGUCUCGGGGAAUCGAGAACGACCCGUGUCAAAAGCUGUAGCUUUGGACGAGGAUGGCCUGUCAUCGUCGCCUGAUCACAAGCAAUUGGCCCGAUCGUUUCAGUCUCAAGGCGACAAGCUCUCUGAGGAGGGAAAAUACCGGGAAGCACUAGGGAAGUGGGAGACUGCUCUUACCUUGAUACCUGAGAAUGCAGUUUUGCAUGAGCAAAAGGCACAAGUCUUGCUUGAGAUAGGCGAUGCAUGGGGUGCUCUGAAGGCAGCAAUUAGAGCCACUGAAUUGGAUCCAUCUUGGGCUGAGGCAUGGAUCACCCUGGGUAGAGCACAGUUAAACUUCGGAGAGCCUGAUAGUGCCAUUGCUAGUUUCGAUAGAGCAUUGUCUCUUAAGCCGGAUUGUGAAGAAGCUCAAGAUGACAGGAGAACUGCACUACAUCUUGUGAAGAAGCGAAAGCAGCUGCAUUUAUCGGGCGUGAGCACAACAAAAAACCGUUUUGUGGUUGGAGAUAAAGAAUGACUUUUGGUCCAGAUACUUACAAGAACUUUUUUAGUUCUUGCUUUCGAGGAGGAGCCUAUGGCCCUUAUGUAUAUAAAGCUUUGACGUGUUCUGAGCAGCUAUUGUACCUUGUUAAGCUCUUAAGAAGAUGCAGGGUGGUUGAAGAAAAAUUUAUGCAGUCCGACUUUCCUUGUUUGAAACUAGAGGUCUAAAGUUACGAGGAUGUCACCUCUCACCCGAUUGAAAGCUGGUCUCUUUAGAUAUCUAGCCUUCUCACCCUUGCGACUAGGACUUUUAGUUCUUCUUGGCUGCUGUCUCCUGAAUCUUUCUUGUAUGUUAUUGUACUAAUUCCUUUCAGCAUAACGCUAUCAUCAUCUGAAAAAGGAUAAAGGACGAUGCUUGAACGAAGAAUGUAAAUUCACAGAGCA